CACCCACCCUGCGAGAUGUGCCCGCUCAGGCCUUGCUCCAACCCCUCCGCCGUCGGCGUGUUCGUGCGCGAUACCGCGUCGUGGAUUGCGUACUCGCCGCAGGCGACGGAGAAGAUACUGGCCGGAUACUCCGAGACGCUCGGCCUCUCCGUAUCGGACCUGCUCGCCGGCGAACUCGGCGCGAAGGAUGGCGAGCCCGGCAGCCCGCGCAGCGUCCUUCCCGGCGCGCCCCGCGCGUCGCCGAGUUCCGAACCCGGCCGCGUGGACCUCGGCUCGCUGGGCCUCGGAGGCGGCGCGUACGUCGUCGACAUCGUCGCGGGCACGCAGGUCAGCCCGAGGGGGUUCGCGAGGCCAGUGCUCUUCGUCUUCCCGGACGCGCGCUCGAGGGAGCGCUUCGCGCGCGCGCUCGAGGCGGGCGACGCGAAGUGCGAGUGCGCGGUCGCCGCCGGCGACGCCGAACGCUCCAAAGAGGAGCAAAACGCCGAAAGGCUCGCACCGACCGCCUGGGCCCAGAUCGCGGCGAAUACGAAGAAGGAGGACGCGAUCAAGGCGUCGGCCAAGCUAGCAGCCACCAAGGCGGGCUUGAAGAAGGCGUGGGCGGUAAGGCAAAGGCAGCAAGGAAGGGAAAGGCGACUUGCCGCCGCCGCCGCCGAACUCAGGGCGAAGGAGGAGGAAGAGAACAAGGCUAAGGAGGUGCUCGGCAAGGUCAGGAAGGUCUUGGACGCCAACCGACACGCGGUCCACGCGGUGGCCACCAAGUACGCCAGGGCCAAGGUGAGCGAAGUGACUCUGGACACCGAGUCGCCGCACGUCAAGAGGUUCGUGGAGCUGGCUUCUUCGGAUAUCUCGGGUGAUCCGGACAUCGUUCUCGGAUAUCACGGGACGUCCGUCGACAGGGCCGAGGCCAUCGUGACGGGAGGGUUCUGCCCGACGAAACGCGUCGCCGCCCUCGGGGCGUACUUCUCCGGCGUGCCCGAGGAAUCCUACCAACACGCGGGGAAACACGACAGCCGCGGGAGCAUCCUUCUCGUCGCACUCAUUCGCGAUGGGUACAAAGGCGCAAACAGCUCAGAGCGCACCCCCGACUCCCUUCGCAGGCUAGCAGGCGGAGACGUCGUGAGCGAACGCGUCGCCGCCUUCGAGGAGUACGCGUGCCUUCCCCUCGUGCACGUCCGCGGCGUGUGCUAGGCCGGGGAGGCGAAGGCACCGCCGCGCUCGCGCCAACCCCCCAACCAACCAAACAAACAAACAAACAAAAGGCAUCCAUCGACGACAAGACGCAAGACUCACCAUUUGAACGUGACGAUCCCACGCAGUGAACGAUACGAGAGGGAGUCCGCGAUACCCACUAGCGGCGAAUGCGGUUGAAAUACGACGCACGCAAUCAAGG